GUGUGUGUGUGUGUGUGUGUGUGUGUGCGCGUGUGUGUGUGUGUGUGUGUGUGUGUGUGUGUGUGUGUGUGUCCUAAUUGGUGUUUUCUACUUGUUUUUGUUGCCAACGAAAGUGAUUUUUCCUUUCUUUGUUCGCUCAUGGAGAAUUAACUGUCAGCUGGUUUGUUUGUUUGUUUGUUUGUUUGUUUUGUUGAGAUCCCCAUUAGCUACUGUUAAAACAGUUGCUAUUCUUCCUGGGGUCUAAACUUCAUCAAAAAUAUUUCUGCACCAACACUUAGCAUCACGUCAACAACAGGAUGUACAGGCAACGUUCACACCGACGAUACAUUAACACGACCUUCAACAAAGACGACAUUCACAAAAACAAAAAUAGCAAAAACAAUAUCAAAACAGACGAAAUAGCUCACCAUUAUACAAUAUUAAAUAACCAGUUACAUAUGUUAUUCUCGAGUGAAUAAAAAUAGUCUUAUUUGUUUACAAAAAUGAGUUGUGUGCAUCUGUGAGAUUCACCCAUCUCUGAGUGUGACGGGAUCGACAGACAUUGAACAGAAAACGUCCCUCAACUGUUUGACGGUAGAAUGCUGAAGCACAUCACUGAAGAAAGUCAAGUUAUUAUAGAGUAUUUCUGGUGUUCUUGUAAUUAUAAUAUUUCUAAUACUUUUUACUGGCAGCCACGCCAGCUGGUUAUGCUUGUCUUCAAUGCUUGUCCUAAAAGAACAGUCGGGGUUCGGGCCAACGGGCCCCAAGAUAAGCUAAUGACCCCCAGGUUUGACCUCUGACCCCCGGGUUCGACCCUUGCGGCUGCUGGAGCCAGGGAAGAGCUGUGAUUGGCUGAACGCUCCUGUGUCCUCCAGUUGAUUCCCCAGAUCUCCUCGCUGUCCUGGUUCACCACCGUGGUUCCUCUGGUUCUGGUUCUGCUCUUCACCGCCGCCAAAGACGCGUCGGAUGACCUGAACCGUCACCGGAGCGACAACCGCGUCAACAACCGGAGGGUUCAGGUCCUGAUUGACCGGAAGCUGCGCAGCGAGAAGUGGAUGGACGUCCAGGUGGGGGACAUCAUCAAGCUGGAGAACAACCAGUUCGUCACGGCCGACCUGCUGCUGCUGUCCAGCAGUGAACCCCUGAACCUGGUCUACAUUGAGACGGCCGAGCUGGACGGAGAAACCAACCUGAAGGUACGCCAGGCACUGCCGGUGACCGGGGAUCUGGGCGACGACGUGGAGAAGCUGGCCGACUUCAAUGGCGAGGUUCGCUGCGAGCCACCCAACAACCGUCUGGACCGCUUCACCGGGACCCUGAGCUGCGGCGGCCAGAAAUACCCGCUGGACAACGAGAAGAUGAUUCUGCGAGGAUGUACCCUGAGGAACACCGAGUGGUGCUUCGGCCUGGUGCUGUUCGGAGGCCCGGACACCAAGCUGAUGCAGAACUGUGGGAAGAGCACCUUCAAGAGAACCAGCAUCGACCGCCUGAUGAACGUCCUGGUCCUCUGUAUCUUCGGCUUCCUGGCCUUCAUGUGCGCCGUGCUCGCCCUGGGGAACCUGUUCUGGGAGCGGAACAAGGGCUCGUCGUUCACCGCCUUCCUGCCGCCGCUGGACGGGAACGGCCCUGGGUUCUCCGCCUUCCUCACCUUCUGGUCCUACGUCAUCAUCCUCAACACAGUGGUGCCCAUCUCGCUCUACGUCAGCGUUGAGCUCAUCCGGCUGGGGAACAGCUUUUACAUCGAGUGGGACCGGAAGAUGUACUACGCUCGGAACGACACCCCGGCCGAGGCCCGGACCACCACGCUGAACGAGGAGUUGGGCCAGAUCAAGUACGUCUUCAGCGACAAAACCGGAACGCUCACCCAGAACAUCAUGACCUUCAACAAGUGCUCCAUCAACGGGAAGUCCUACGGAGACGUUUACGACUACACGGGCCAGCGGGUGGAGGUCACCGAGCACACGGAGACGGUGGACUUCUCCUUCAACCGGCUGGCCGACCCGCGCUUCACCUUCCACGACCACGCCCUGGUGGAGGCGGUGAAGCAGGAGCAGCCGGAGGUGCAGGCCUUCUUCCGGCUGCUGGCGCUGUGCCACACCGUCAUGGCGGAGGAGAAAACGGAGGGCGAGCUGUUCUACCAGGCCCAGUCUCCGGACGAGGGCGCUCUGGUGACCGCCGCCAGGAACUUCGGCUUUGUGUUCCGCUCGCGAACGCCGGACAGCAUCUCCAUCGUGGAGAUGGGGCAGCAGCGCCGCUACGAGCUGCUGGCCAUCCUGGACUUCAACAACGUCCGCAAGAGGAUGUCCGUCAUCGUGCGCAGUCCGGAGGGGAAGCUGUGUCUCUACUGCAAAGGAGCCGACACCAUCAUCUACGAGCGUCUGGAUCCGUCCUGCAGCAAGCUGAUGGACGUGACCACCGAGCACCUCAACGAGUUUGCCGGGGAGGGUCUGCGGACUCUGGCGCUGGCCUACAAGCACCUGGACGAGGACUACUUCAGGGACUGGAGACGGCGCCAUCACGAGGCCAGCACGGUGCUGGAGGACCGGGAGGACCAGCUGGACCAGCUGUACGAGGAGGUGGAGACGGACCUGCUGCUGCUGGGGGCGACGGCCAUCGAGGACAAGCUGCAGGACGGAGUCCCUCAGACCAUCGAGCAGCUGUCCAAAGCCGACAUCAAGAUCUGGGUCCUGACGGGCGACAAGCAGGAGACGGCGGAGAACAUCGGCUACUCCUGCAACCUGCUGCGUGAGGAGAUGAAGGAGGUGUUCGUGGUGUCGGGGAACUCUCUGGACGACGUGCGGCGUGAGCUGAGGUCAGUUCCGGAAACACCACUUCCUCCGCCCGCCGCCCGCCGGGCGCUGAGCCUUUCUGUCCUCUGGCUGAGCAGAGACGCUCAGACCGCCAUGCGACUGGACACCGCCGCCGCCGACUCGCUCCUGCCGGACGGGGUUCUGGGUAAAGAUGCGACUGUGAUGGCGGACGAGACGGCGAACGGGGAGUACGGCCUGGUGAUCAACGGACACAGUCUGGCCUACGCCCUGGAGCGCGGCGUGGAGCGGGACUUCCUGCGGACGGCCUGCCUGUGCCGGGCGGUGAUCUGCUGCCGGGUGACGCCGCUGCAGAAGGCCCAGGUGGUGGAGCUGGUCAAGACGUACAAGCGGGCGGUGACUCUGGCCAUCGGGGACGGAGCCAACGACGUCAGCAUGAUCCGAGCGGCCCACAUCGGCGUGGGCAUCUCGGGGCAGGAGGGCAUGCAGGCCGUCCUGUCCAGCGACUUCUCCUUCGCGCAGUUCCGCUUCCUGCAGCGCCUCCUGCUGGUCCACGGCCGCUGGUCCUACCUGCGCAUGUGCAAGUUCCUGCGCUACUUCUUCUACAAGAACUUCACCUUCACCUUCGUCCACUUCUGGUUCGCCUUCUUCUGCGGCUUCUCGGCGCAGACGGUGUACGACGAGUGGUUCAUCACGCUGUACAACCUGGUGUACACGGCGCUGCCGGUGCUCGGGAUGAGCCUGUUCGACCAGGACGUGAACGACGCCUGGAGCUUCCAGCACCCCCAGCUCUACGUUCCCGGGCAGCUCAACCUCUACUUCAGCAAGGCGGCGUUCUUCAGGUGCGCGCUGCACAGCUGCUACAGCUCGCUGGUGCUCUUCUUCGUGCCGUACGCCGCCGUGCUCGACUCGGUGCGCCACGACGGGAAGGACGCCGCCGACUACCAGUCCUUCGCCCUGCUCACGCAGACCUGCCUGCUGUUCGUCGUCACCAUCCAGCUGGGGCUGGAGAUGGCGUUCUGGACGGCGGUGAACACGUUCUUCGUGGUGGGCAGCCUGGCCAUGUACUUCGCCGUCACCUUCACCAUGUACAGCGACGGGCUGUUCCUGGCGCUGCCGUCGGCGUUCCACUUCAUCGGAACAGGCCGGAACGCCCUGAACCAGCCCGGUGCCUGGCUCACCAUCCUGCUCACCUCCAUCCUCUGCCUCCUCCCGGUGGUGACGCUCCGCUUCCUGUCCCUGCAGCUCCGGCCCACCAUCAACGACAAGGUGAUGCUGAAGGUGCGCCAGGCCAAGGCGACGCCGCCGCCGCCCCCCCGCCGCGCCCGCAUGCGCCGCACCAGCUCCCGCCGCUCGGGUUACGCCUUCUCGCACGCGCAGGGCUACGGCGACCUGGUGACAUCGGGCCGCUUCCUGCGGCGCCCGGCCGCCACGCCGCGCACGUCGGGCUCGGCCCUCGUCGGCCGCGCCACCGCCGGGUUCAGCCCCAUGGGCCGCUCCGCCGGGUACAGCCCCGCCGGGCGCCAACACAACGCCAAGGUGCCCGACGUGCAGGUGACCUCGCUGCAGAUGUACAGGACCAUGGCCGAGCCCGGCCUCUGACGCUAGCAUGUUUGCGCGCUAGCCCGGGGAAGACUCUCGGGCUUUUCCAAAAGCCCAACCCUGAUUGGACGAGGCCGGAGUGGCGGACCGUCAACAGGCGUUCGGCCUCCGCAGCGUCGUCUGGGGUCCAAACAGGAACAUCGCUCUGCAGCUUCCUUCGGUUCUGUUUAAAUCCUGAAGGAACUUUGAGACGCCGGAACUCGCUGGCGCCACCGUGUGUUUUAACGACAACAUUUCUACUGCCUCAGGAUCGGAAUCACCAGCAUGUUUUAGGUUUCUGGACGUCGGGCUGCUGCUCCUCUGGCUUCAGGUUCGCAGUGUCCAGUCGGUCCUCGUUCCACAGUCUGGCGAUUGAUCGGCGAAAAGAGGAAUCACCUCAACUUUACCUCACAUCAUUCUGAUUAUACGAGGCUGAAAUGUCAGAGGCUGUGCUAGCUAUGCUAGCUAUGCUAGCUAUGUUAGCGUAUAUCCGAGAUGCUCCAAGUUAAACUGUCGUGUGAGGAUUAAAGGACUAAAACCCGCCGUGGCUCUAAGCAGGGUGGGAGAGGAGAUGGUAAAAGAGCAAAACACUGCUGCAGAAUGAAAGAAAACAUGAACUGGAAAAGAUGAUUGAAAUACUGAAACGACCAACCCUGUAAAACUGCUAAAAUUGCUCAAAGUGAAAAAACUGCGCAGAAAAACUAUAUGAAAAAAUGCUAAAAGACUUUUUAAAAAUGGCUAAAAUAGCGAAAUACCGUAAAUCCUCUUCUAGUAGCCGGGACUUUUAUUUGUCUCAACUGGAGCUGCACCAGUCUUUUAAUGGAAGGAGGCAUCUAUAAGAGAGACGCUUAUAUUUAAAAUUUUCAAAAAGAGCAGACAGAUCUUUUGUCAGUAAUGCAGUUUAGAGCUGGGGGAUAUAUCGAAUUAAUUCGAAUAAUUCGAUUUUAUUUUUUCAAUCGAUGUGAAAAAAAUUAAAGUUUUCUGUCCCUCCGCCACUUUUACCGGACGUGUGUAAUACACACAGUCGCCACACCAGGCGGACUGGCGCUGUAGCACAGACUACUGUCAGUACAGCGCCGUAGCGCUUCACAGAAAAAAGAAAAGACAAAAAAAAAAAACAAAAAAACAAAACAGGCUUAUAUUGGGAGGCAGCUUUUAUUAGUUUUCUUCAGACACGCACCCGGUCAUUAAAGCAGACGGGCUUUUAAUGGAACACAGGUCAUUAUUAGAGGAUUUACGGUAUGGCUAAAAGAAGACUAAACUACAACAUCUGGGUGACGGUUUUUAAAGGGUUUUCAAGAAUUUUUAAGGGUUUUUAAGGGUUUCUGAAGUGCUGCUCUGUCUCCUCUGGAGUUCCUGACUGUCGGUCUUCCUUCAGACCCCAGACUCAUUUAUUGCUGCAUGUUUUGCUUUGUGUUAAAGAAUCGUGUUUUGAUUCUGGUUAAAAGCUUUUGGACGUCUUGACAAUCAGACCUGUUGACCUGAACGACUUCUCAGUGAAAUACUAAUGUCCACAGCGGAGUUUUCAUGCUUCCUCCUCCUCUUCAUCACUGACUUCCUCUUUACUCACCAGCAGAAAUCGGAUCAACCUCGUCGACACGAUGACUGAAGACCUCUGACCUCUGACCUCUAUUGACCUGUGUGUGACGUUAAAACGUCCUGCCAUGGCGACUGAAGCUGCACCAAAAACAGUCAUUUCCAGCUUGAUUCUAUUUCUAUUGUUUUGUACCUUUCAAUUUUUUACUGCAUUAAAAGAAAACUGAAAGAAUCUGA